ACGAUUCCCCUUUACAGAAUUAAAUACCUUGGAAACAUUACCGUGAGUGAAGCAGUGCGGAUCAUGUACGCAUGCUUUUCAUUUUGGGCUUUGUUUGCAGGAUUUUGUUUCGGUUUAAAUAAAGGACAGACUUUGAAGGUUAAUUCAUUAGAAGAUGUUAGUAUCUAUAACAAGGUUAAAGAAGUUUGCGAUCUGGAGGGUCUCCGACACUUCCCGUACAUUCACUGUUUUGACAACGACCACGCUCCUAUAUACAUCGUGUUGAUGAAUGGAUCCAGCCUCAGUGACGGAACUAAAUGUCUUGUGUCCUGCAAUCAUAAGAGGGCUUUAUCUACGUGGAAGGCUUGUAUAGACGGAGAAUGGGUUGGGUCGGAUUUAAAAUGUGACAAGACACAAAAGAAAGGGCGUGGCCACAGUAGACAGAAGCGAUGGUGGUGGGGAGGUGAUGAUGGUGAUCACACGCCGCCAGAUAUAAGUUGUCCUUCGAAUAAAUAUGUCUAUGCUGGCUACACUGGAAGAGCACAGGUGUGGUACAACCUUCCGACAGCAACCGAUGGUGGCUCCCACGAUGGCAUUACAAUGGUAAGGACAUCUGGUAUAACAUCUGGAGACUUUGUAGAACUGGGUUCUCAUUCGGUAUGUUAUAUAGCCAAAGAUAAGUCUGGCAAUACAUCCAAACAGUGCUGCUUUACCGUGUAUGUUUUGAGUUGCAAAUCAAUACAAAAAUGUAGGCAGGUCACCUGUACAACUGCAUCCAAUCAAAGCUGUCGUCUAUGUAACCCUGGUUAUCACCCCGAAGGUCAAGAAUGCGCACCUACCUGCAGAAUACCUAAUUGCCAAGAUAACAGCUUUACGUGUUUAAGUGACACUGAGGGCAUCUGUACCAAAUGUGUGGAUGAAAAUAUAAUCUGGAAACCUAUAAAAAACAAAAGGAUCUGCGCAGCUAUGUGCUCAAUGGUAGAAAACCGAGAAUGUUGGCCCGGGACUUGUUCCACAAGUCAGUUAGGCACAGACUGUCACUGCGAUGCUGGUUUCCAUACUGUGAAAAACUCACGUGGAAGUGUCGCCUAUUGCCAGUUGGAGAAGAAGCCUGAGAUUUUAACAUGUAGGUCUAGCCUUAUUUUUACUGGAGGUGAAAUUGUUAUGUCCGACACUGAAGGAAAAUCAACGUCAUGUGACAAUCAGAAAGAUGGCUUUAUAAACAAAGUUCCUCUGCAGGCCAAUUUCACAAGCGAGGAAUCAUUCUCUAUCAAGGUAACCUCACCAAGAACUGACUUUCUACAACAUGGAAGCUGGAAUUACGGAAUAUCUGGUGGAGAAUUGGUCACCAUACACAAAAAAUUUAAUGGAAUGGAACAUCAGAUUCAAAUGUCUUUGUUUGACAACGUCAACACCUCUCAUUUGAAAAGUCUGGAUCAUCAAAGCAAAUUAAUGAAUCUAGGUGGACACUUAAAACUAAUUGAUGGGGAUGCAAUUUGCCUCAGAUUCAAAGCAACGGCGACCGGAUUUUUCAGAACGAUUGACAAACGUUCUUCCUCUCACGUCAUUUCUGAACAAAUCUUCAACGGUGAAACAAAAACCCAGAGAGAUGUGUGCUUUUGGUACGAUUCUCUGCCGCCAGAUCAUUGCUACAACACCAGAACGUGUUACAACGAGCCGAUUCAGAUACAAGACAGAAUAACAAAGAACAACAUGCUUAACAUUUCACUCUCCGGGUGGUUUGAUCCCCAGAAGAUUGAAAAUAGAGACUACAAUUCUUCUGGUAUAAAGAUGUUUGAUGUCAGCAUCUAUAUGGUUCCCCAUACGAAGGGCGUAUUGAAACCAGACACAACAGCUAUCUGGAAGAAUACAUCAAAAACGAGUUCAUGCCAGGAGGUUAUGCUAAAUCAAACAGGUCUUUAUGAAAUACACCUAGAGGUUGUUGAUAAAGCUGGUGCAGGCGGUAAUGUGAGAUCUGCCAGACGAUUUGUUCUGUUUGAUAACACAUCAAAAAUACAGAUCAAUGAAAACAAACCAUUAUUGGUGACCUCAGCACAUGAUGUAAAUGGCAAGUACUGGCAAACCGAAAAGAAAGCUAUCUGCAUAGACUGGACGGACAGAUUUUAUAAUACACAUCAUAGGACUAACAAUCUUCUGCUACCAAUAAAGCCGUCAAGUGCGUUCACAGGUGUUUUUGAGCAGCUUACAGGUCCCCUUCCUAUUAACGGUACAUUAAACGUGCACGGAAUAGUAAAAUUUGAGUAUUCAUACAGUAUAAAUAAUUUAUCAACAGAAAGAAAAACAGUCAGUCAGCUGAAUCAAUUUAUAUGUUCCAACGUUAGUAUUAGCGAUGGAGAUGAAGUAAAGUUUAGUAUCCAUUCACUGGACAUAAUGAACAAUACCAUAACAGACUCUGUGCUGAUUCUGAUUGAUACGUCUGUUCCUGAUAUUGAAAAUAUCUGGUUGAGAAGAAAUUCCCAUGGUGAUGUCUACGUUCAUAAUUCAAAAGAACUCUCAAAGAUGAAACUGAAAUUUGAAGCUUUUGAUUCGGAAAGUGGAAUAAAAUCUAUUCAAUGGUACUUGGGUUCAAAUGAUGGAGCUUCGGAUCUGGGAAAUGGAUCAUUUGGUGUAAACGUUCUUUCAAGAAAUAUAAGUUGUAACAAAAUCGAGAAUUGUUAUUGUCCAAAGCAUGGAAGCUGUGAACUUUACAACUAUACCCUAGACCUAUCGAAAAUUAUUACAGAGGCACAGCACAAUAGAGAGUAUUAUUUCACAGUUUUGGUGACGAACAACGCCGGUCUGCGUUCCUUGCAGCAUCUCGAUGUUCUUGUAGACGAAUCUCCUCCUGUCAAUGGUUCUGUAAAGGAAGGAAUCCCUGGAAGCCAAGAUCUCGAUUUUACUGCCACUGAAAAAAUAACUGUGAAUUGGAACGGGUUUAUAGACCACGAAAGCGGAAUAUCCCAUUACGAAAUAUUUCUUGGAAAACAAUGCAUACCCGAUGUAUUAGAUCUAAUGAGUAAUAUUUCAAGUGUAACUUCUGUGAUAGAAAGGAAGAUAACAAGAACGACAUAUCAAUCAUUUAAUCUUCCCGGGAAAGGUCAUUUUAUUUUUACUGUCAUUGCAUUUAAUAAUGCCUUAGAACCUUCAAAAGCAAGUUGUUCUGAUGGGAUACACUAUGCCGAGGCUUUUGAAGUGAUUGAUAAUAUCACAUCAAAAAGCUUUAACGUUGACGAAGGGGUUGCAUGUAUUAAUGAUGUACCUUUUUUGAUCACUACAAAGAUGAAACGCAUAAAGUUGCGAUCAGUUUCAAAUUGCUUUAGCAUAUGCCAAAACCUGUCCUUUCCGGACUUUCUUCAAAAUUUGCCCGAAGAAGCAACACAAAUAUAUAAUGAUUCAACCUACGCGCAGGGAAUAUGUUCACGAGUGAAACCGUAUAAAGAUAAUAUAAUAUUUAUCUCAUCAGAAUUCUGGAAAUUAGCAUGGGGUGUCAAGGACCGACAUGCAGUAAGAGAAUUUGAAAUAGGCAUUGGAAAUCACCCAUCUUCAAUGUCACAUCCAGAUCUCAAACCUUACACUUCAACUAUCUCACAGACGCAGUACCAGUUUGGCAGAGACGGUGUCGGAAGUCAAGAACGGCAUUACGUCUUUCUGAAGACAAUUUUCAAGUCUGGUGAAGAAAAGAUUUUAACGGUCGGACCUAUGUUAGUCGAUUCAAGUCCACCUACAUUCAACGGGGAUAUUCUCGUUUAUACUGAGGCUCCGUACUUGUUCAUUGGAUGGGAAAAUGAAACCUUUAUCGAACCAGAGCAAGGAAACGUCAUCGAAGAAAUAUUUUUUCGGAUAGGAACACUCGACAUGUUUGCAACGCCUCUUGUACAGUACUACCAUACCCAUUAUCUUGAGGACGACUGUCCAUUUUCCAAUGUGGUAGGAUGUACGAAGUAUCCCUUGAAGAAGAUUCAUUACAAUAAGCAGGACAACGAUUUCUUCGUGGAGUUGAUAAUCUACAAUAGAGUGGGAUUAUCCUCAAGAAAACGAUCCAAAAGUUUUCAUCUUCCUUCCAAGGUUCCACCCGGUGAUGGUAUAGUCAUAGACGUUGAUCCUGAUGCAGAUUCAUCCGAUAGAGAUGCUGAUUUUCAGAUAAACAAUUCGACCAUAUGUCUAUCGUGGAAUGGCUUUGCACAUAAUCAGAAUGUAUCCAUACAUGCAGGACUUGGUUCAACUCCAAAUUCAACAGACGUAGUUGCCUUUAUAAUAGUGGCUGGAAAUCGAUACUGCUUUAGAAACAUGUCGCUUGCAUCCAACACAAGGUAUUACUCUGUCAUACGUGCUAGCUGUUCCGGUGGGUCAUCGUACGCAGUGUCCGAUGGCGUGACUCUAGUCGACAUCGAAGCUGUUGAUAAAAGACUGCAGAUCUUUAAUGGACUGGGCUGCUCUGACCAAGAUAUUGUAUAUCCAUCUUAUAUUAACCGAAACAAAACACAUGCUGUAUAUUUUUAUAAGAACUUGACAGUUUUAGAAACAUAUACUUUGUUCAUCCAAAAUAUCAAUAUUACAGAUAAAUUAUAUACGCCUGUGUAUUCAAAGGGUUUUAUCGAAAGAGGAAAGGGUCAUCUAUUUGAUGCAUCAACAUUUGAACUAAUGAACCCAGAUGCUCAUGGAAGUAUAACAUUUGAAAGGUUUAACUUGUCGGACAAAGUAAUCGUUCUGAAGAAGUGCCAUUAUAAUAGAAAGACAUUUAGUACCAAAAAUACGCUGUCUCUGAACUGGAUGUAUAAAAUGUUGAAAGAUGACUACCCAACACAUUUUGAAAUAUCUAUCGCGAAGAUAGCAAAACAUGGGACGGAAAUAGUGAAAUCAGAGAUGUCUAGAAGGAGAAGAUUAACAUUUGUAAAUCUUACUUUGAAUAUAGACGAUACAUACUGUGGAAUAGUCAAAUCUUGUUUUUCAGUUUAUUGUUCAGAACCAGUCCUUGGGUCGCCUGUCAGAUUUGUUUCAACGCAAUCCAAAAUGAAUAUUAUUGCAACAAUGCAUAGCAAAGAUGAAGCCUAUAUAGUAGACAUUAAAGUCACACCUGAAGAAAUACCCCCAGAAGAUGGUCUUAUAAGAUGGAUGCUUUCGGAGGAUAUUCAUGGAAAAAGAAGGACGACCAAGUGGUAUUUUUUCUCAAAAGAAAAUUCUAUGGAGUCAUCCUUAGUCCUUUCCAGAGAAGAGAUAUAUUCAAAACAUCCUAGAUUCGCAUGCAUUGAAGAUACUCACAAUACAUUGCUAUCGCCCGUCCAUUGUGUUCUUAUUCAGAACACAUUUUCUUAUGGUACUAAUGGUGUGAACAUUUACCUAAUUGAUGAGAAAAAUCCAGAUUUACAAAAGAUGAAAACAAUGUCACAUAGCCGAAAUAUUGGGGCAAAUGUUCUUUUAUUUGAAAAAGCUCGCCUUCAAUUCACAACAAGUGAAACAAAAGUAGCUGGAAUAAUAGUAGGAAACCAAGGGUAUGAUUUUGAUGUAUAUCUAAUGACUAAAAACUUUAUUCCUGCAAGCGAGGAGAAAUGUCAUUCGGAGAAAAGCUGCUUAGAGUUCAUCCAUGCUAACGAUGGAUUUAUCACUUUUCACGGUUUGCACCUUACGCAUGGAGACGAAAUCUUCGUAUGCACUCGCUCAAGUAGAAUUGAUGCUAAUGCAGAGGAUACAGAUAACGAUAUUGAUGAGAAAAUAGAGAUCUGUAGUGAGGGAUUGAAAAUCAACGAUUCUCCUCCUUCUGCUGUGGAUAUCAAUAUCAAAAAUUUAGUUAACGGUUAUACGUCAGAUGUGUCUGAGCUAGAUGUUGAAUGGAAUAUACCGACUUUAUUUGUUCCCUUACUAGAGUUUCAAUACUGUGUCGGUACUGUACCGGGCUUGGAUGAUGUCUUGCCAUUUACGUCCUCGUACGAAGAAAGCAAAGUUACUAUCCGGAAUUUUACUCUUACACAUGGAUCUUCAUACUUCGUCUCAGUAAAAGCAAUUGACCGCUCGGGUCUAGAGUCGCUUUCGUCAUCGGCUGUCUUCACGGUAGACUUAUCUCCCCCUAUUCCUGGAAGAUUUAUUAUUGGUUACAAGGACAGUGAGGUGAAAAUCAGUAGAAAUACCCUGCCUGUCUUGAUUGAAAACUUUGAGGACCCUGAAAGUGGAAUAGAUCGAAUCACUAUCCGUGUUGACGGAGUGAACAAAAACUACACUUCAGAUUUCAUCGUAAAGGAUGGAUAUUCCCACAUAAAAUUCAACGAAAAUGUGACAGAUGGUUACAUAUAUAAAGCGAUUAUUUCAGUAACAAAUAGAGCAGGACUGACAACAGAAGUAGAAUCGAACACGAUUUUCAUGGACAACUCUCCUCCAACAAUUGGAUCUGUAUUUGAUGGAGAAGAAAUUGGAAGAGAUACGGACUACCAAACAAACACUAGGAGUAUAUCUACCUCAUGGGACUACUUUUCUGAUCCACACUCUGAUGUAGCGUUUUACAGGGUAGGAUUAGGAACAACUAAAACAACAACAGACGUAUUUGGAAUGACUUAUGUUGGAAUGAAAACAAAUUUUACAUGGGAAGAAGAGUUUGAAGUAGGAAGAAAGUAUUUUGUAUUUGUGGAAUCCUGCAAUGGAGUGCGAUUAUGUUCAAUAGCGCAUUCAGAUGGCAUUACUCUCGACAAAACACCACCGAUCCCUGGAGUCAUUAGUAUUGGUCACUCAUAUCAUGACUCCUUUAUACCGGAUAAGAGAUCAAUCACCAUACAAUGGAUCGGAUUUGAAGAUCCAGAAACAGAUAUUCAUUACUUUGAAUGGUGUCUUGGGCGUAGCAAAUAUGGCUGUGACGUCCGAGAGAAGGAAAAUGUUUUACUUGCCAAUAAAAUAUAUAAAUCUGGUCUGCGGUUGGCUCAGAAUGUUUCUUUAUUUGCCACAGUUUUUGCUUACAAUAAUGUAGGACUAUAUUCCAGUUCAACCUCCAAAAUGUUUAAGGUUGACGACACUGCACCUGUGUUAACCGAUACACCUAUCUUUUUAUCCCUCGACUCUCUUGAGGGGGCCUCAAGAUACCAGUAUGACAAUUCAAUAUUAAAAAUGAGAUGGAAAUUCGAAGAAAAUGAAUCAGCUAUCAUUGAGAUUCACAUCAUUAUUAAGGACACAAGGAAUGGCGAAGACUUGUUUGACCAAGCAGUCCGAGGGAACAUUGAUGAUACGAUUAUAACGAUUUCAGAAGGAAAGAAACUUCGAAAUGGCGACUCGGUUAUUGGAAUCGUUACUGCUUGUAACAUAGCAAAACUGUGUACCACAGCAUCUACGCGACCACUUAUCAUAGAUUCUUCAAGACCAAAUCAAGGAGGAUUUUCUUAUCCGAUUAACUGGAGACUCAUGAAAGAAAAUUACUGGUUUUAUAUAAAUUGGUAUGGGUUUUCUGAUGAAGAAAGUGAUAUUUCAAACUAUUAUAUCACUGUCGACAAGACAUACAGCGGAUCAAAUUUAUCUCAAGGACCAAUUAAAUGUUUGGGCAAUAGUACAAGCAUUCAUGUUCCAGUUAAUAGGACCCUUUGGAGCUUAAACGACGACGUAAUUCUCACAAUUUGGGCUAAAAAUGGAGCAGGAUUGACAAGUUUUUUUUCGAAAGUAACAGUAAAAGCGAGGGUUACCGACAACUCAUCCAUGAAUGGUCAAUUUUACAUACAACGUCAUUCGUGUUCCGUGCAUUACUGUAAUAACGACUGCACCUGCUCAGUAGUGGGAAAGAAAUGUACCACGUCAGCAUCAGAAAUGAAACACUGUAAAUCUACACCAGCCAGUGUAGGCAUUCAAGACAGUAAUAUCAUUAUACGCAAUGCAUUUCAGGAUGGGAAAAUUCUACCUUCGAGUUCCUGUGUGAGUGUAGAUUUUGAAAAGUUGAAUUUAUCCGUAGCCGAUACCGUUUUAAGAUUUGAAUGGUCUGUGGCGCUAGAAGGUGAGGAUCCUGGUAUUGGGUUUUAUGAUGAGAAAGAAUAUCCCUGGCGAGACAUAGGCAUGAGAAUGAGUGAUACGGAAUGUUUACCUGGACACAAAGAACUUGAAAAUGGAGCGUCAUAUGUUGUGUACAUCAGAAUCUGGAUUUCAUCAGAAGAUUAUUUUAUCAGAUUUUCAAAAGCAUUUACUAUUGAUACCCUAGGGCCAAUUGUUAGGAUGGGGAAGUAUAUCAAAACGUACUUAAAAAAUCACGCAAAACAAAACAAUGUUCGCUUCAUCACAGACAUAAAUGAUCAAGUCUGCGUUGAAUGGAAUACCGUGUUUUCUGAUGGAAAAGGAGAUAUAAAGGGCUAUUAUUUGAUGCUUGGGAGUCAGUCCAAAGCUGAUGAUAUCAUACGACGAAAAUGGAUGGGAAAACUAGAAGAACUGUGUUUAACAACAACAAACAUGACAGCGGGAAUCGAGUAUGUAUUUUCUAUUACAGCCGAAGAUGAAGUGGGGAUGACCAUGACAGCUGAAUCAACACCAUUUAAAAUUGACAACACACCACCCAUUGCUGGAAAAGUCUAUAAUACCAACAAAUACAGAGACAUACGAUACUCAACUUCUACCACAUCUCUUUCUGCAUCUUGGCAUGGCUUUAAAGAUGACAGUUCUCAUAUAUCUCACUUUCAGUUUCGAGUCAGAAACAAAAACAGUUUUCUUAACACGAGUCAAGAUAUCGGUAACACUACCUAUAAAACAUCUCUUUUUAUAAAUAAUAUUGAUUUAAAACAGGGGGAGAGUUACGUAAUUGAUGUUCGCGCUUCGGAUGGUGCAGGACUGUUUAGUCAAUUUAUUUCUAGCCGUCCCAUCUUGAUAGAUUCCACGCCACCUCUGGGGUUUUCAUGUGAACACAAAACAACGAAGAACGUGAACUUUGCUGUUCUGCCUGAUUUUGCUGAGUUCACAUUCAACGUAGAACCUAAUAUGGUCUACACGUUUACUUUUAAAGUCAAAGAGAGACAACUAAAAGAGUUAAUUUUCGUCAUCAACAAUAAAACUGAAAUUCUGUCCUUUGAUUCAACUAAUGGUGUUGAUAUGCUCUCUGAAUAUCGAUUGAUUUCAUCAGAAUCUCGAAGAGAACAUUACAAGGUGAUCUCAAAUGAUGUUGACAUGCUUAACAAUUUUGAAAUUAAUGUUUCUGAGUGUGACCUGAAUGUCGAUAGUGGACUGAAUGCAGUCGAAUUACAAGAAAUUCAUCCCUCUUUGUUGAAAGUGAGCACACAUGUUUAUGACCCGGAAAGUGGCAUAAAAAGUAUAAAAGUUUCAAUUGGAACAACUGCUUUUGGAAAGCAAAUAAUUUCUGAUUUUCUAAUGGAUCAGCAUUAUAAGUUUCUUUAUGUUACGAUUCCCCACAAUACCACAGUUUAUGCCUCAGCUAAAGUUUCCAAUGGUGCUGGUGUAAGUCGAUUGUUUUCUUCAAAAUCACUAGUUAUUGACGACACACCUCCUGUACUGGACCUUUUUGGUUCGAAUUUGGAGAUUGUUUAUGGGGAAAAUUCUACUUUUACGAAGUACAAAGGAACCUUUCAGGUGACGGACGAAGAAAGUGGAGUAAAAAGCUGCUAUUUUGCAAUCGGUUCGAGUCCAGCUUCAGAAAACAUACAGCCUUGGAGUCCUGCAGAUAUUUUGAAAGAAGAAUUUAUUUCGAUGGACUUCAAGAUCUUCCAUGGCAUGAAUGUUUUUGGGAAAGUAAAAUGCAGUAAUACCAUAGGUUUAGUUAAACAGAUGGUAUUUGAUCCAAUCGUAGUUGCUCUGGCACCUCCAGAUUCUAACAGAGCAUCCAUCAGAAUAAUCGAAAAAUGCGCUGAAGACAUUCCGGUCGUGUCAGACAAAAACGCACUUUUGCUGCAUUGGAAAGGGUUUUUCGAUUUCAUUUCUCUGAAAAAGUUUGACUUUAGAGUAUCAUCUGAGCAUAAAGCUUUGAGCCCUUGGAAAGCAUUAAAUGAACUUGAUUAUAUAAAUAUUGACGGAAUGCAGCUGGAGGACGGACACAGAUACAAGGCUGAGGUUAAAGCAUUCAACUCCUUCCAAAACGGAUCAGAGGUAGUUCAGCAAACGUUUCUGGUGGAGACUAGGGCUCCAAUCUUAACAGGUAACCGUCCAAAUGUUUCUAUGCAAGAAAACUAUGUCAUGAUUGAAUGGACUGGUGUUUUCAGAACACAUUCCGAACUUAAUUUGACAUUUGAAGUUAAUGUUGGAUCGCAGAAAUAUUUCAGUGAUUUGCUGCAGUCAAAGAGAACCAAGGAGAGUAAACUAAAGUUGGAUCUACCCAAGAACGAAAAAAUUCUGGCCAUUUUUCUGUCGAUUAAAGCCGAGUUUUGUACAGGACUGUUUUCCAUUUACUAUGGCACUCAUGCUCUCGAGUAGAAAUUAUUUGAUGUGUACCAUUGAUGCAUUCGUUUAAAAUUCCUUGCUUGCUUUUACAUUUUAGCCUUAUCAAUGUAUAUGUUAUCUUGUGUUUGAAUAAAAUA